GAAAAGAAAAUCUAUUACAGAUUAGGCACACAGAAUGCUGGGGAAUUCCGAGUCAGCCCUGGCUGUAUUGCUAUUGCCUAAACGUCCUUGUUUUUCCUUGCAUCUCAUUUCAUCACAGUCCAGCAUGUGGGUGGUGGUAUCCUGACAGUGAGGAUUAAAAUAUGUGUGGAACUGCUAGCAGUGGCCAUUCUGCUAACACUUCUGUCUCCAGGAUAGACUCAAAAGAGAAACUGUCAAGUAUUCCUACUUCAUUACAACAUUAGCUCCUUUGAUCUCAGGACCAUGAAAAGCUCUUCUGUCUUGCGCCUUAUACUGUUGCUAGGGCUGUGGAUUUUGGAAAGACUGGUUGCAGCCUGAGCCUGCCAAGAAGAGCACUGUAAUUAGUGACAGCUUUAGCAGCCUCAUAUGUGACAGAGCACGUAUGUCCUUAGGAAAAGAACUGAGAUCUUUCACAAACACCUAAUCAAGUGGGGUGGCAUCUGGAUCAGAACUGAUGACCCAACAGUGAAGGCCUGAUCCAUUUAGGUCCCAGGGACAACCAAAAUCAUUUGUUGGAUGUGCAACAAUGUGUAAGGGUUUUACAAAAGAAUUACCCCUGAGGCUGUUGAAGAGCUACAAGAAAACAGACCCAUCCUGUCCCAAGUCUGUUAUCAUAUUUAGUACUAAAAAGUCCAGGGAAUUUUGUGCAAAUCCAGAGGAGAGCUGGGUGAAGGUGAGAGUCACAGAACUUGACCGAAAAAAUGCCCCUCCAACUCCUUCACCUUCAAAUCCCAUCAGUUCCGUAUUACUACAAGAAAAGGCAGGCGUAUUUCAGAGAGUUAUUGGAGGUGUCGUGUCCACUGCAACCCAGACCAGUGGCUCAGUGAGUCCUAGUUACGUGGCUGGCACAACACUUUCAGAGGCAACAAAUGUUUCUGCUGUAAGGGCAGAGGGUACAAACAUAGCCACACUGGUUGUGCAAGAGUCUAUGUGGCUCUCUACAAAACCUUCCUCUGUGAUCCCAGGGACUAACACUGCUACAUACUCUGAUCCUGCUACAUAUGGGAAUGAGGUUUCCAUGAGACUUAUUACACACCCAGCAGCUCAUGCAUCAGACACUAAUCUCAGUGGACUGACUCCAUAUACCACAUCUCCUGUGAGAAGGCCUGAGAGUUUUGUAGGAUCCACACAAGAAGCCACAGGAUCUUCUACAAGUGGAAAAGCUGAUGUGCCAACCACUGAACCUUACAGAUUUAAUUCUUAUACUACACCGGUCAUGAAAAACUUUGAAAGCUACAUAGAAUCUACAUGGGAUCCCACAGAAUCUUCUACAACCAGAAAAGCAAUUGCAUUGAGCACUAUUACCAACAGAAUUAAUUCACAUCCUACACUGGUCAUGACAAGAUCUCAGAGCUAUAUAGGAUCUACAGAAGAAUCCACAGGACCUCCUACAAGUACAAAAGCUGAUGCGUCAGGCCCUGUUCCCAGUAGAUUUAAUUCUGAUCCCACAUGGGUCAUGAAAGGGUUUGACAAGUCCAUGGGAUCAACAAACAGAUCCACAGGAGAUAUUAUAAGCCCAGUAGCUGACAAAUCAGAUGCUGACCCCAGAAGAUUUACUUCAAAUGCCCCAUCCAUUGAAAGCAGUCCUGAGAGUGCCAUAUUCCAGACAACACCUGCCGUAAUAAAAUCUGUUCCUAGCAAGCCUGCUGAAGAGUUUACACUGAUGAGAAGAGUGAUGGAAAGCUACACUAUGAAAACUGAAGAUGUUGUGAAAGAAAGUGUUGCUGUCACAGGACUCACUACACACUCCUCCUCUGUUGAAGGAGAAACUAGUUCAUUCAGUAAGAACAGAGAUAAUGCAAGACAGGUUGGUAGUGACUCUGCUUCCAGGGGUGAGGCUAACACCUCUAACCAUUCAUAUCCUGUAGAAAAGGAAGAUUCUCCUCAGUCCAUUCCUGAAUCCAUUUCACCAGCAGACACUUCAGUCUUUAUCAGCACAACAUCCCUAGAAAUGAACAGAGCCAGGAUGACUACAGAAAUACCAGCUAUACCAUUUGUGUCUUCACACAGCUUUCUGGCUCAAUACCAAAUCUUGUCUACAGCCUGGCUUUCUUGGCAGCUGUUCUUUGUGUAGUCAUAUACAUAAAGUGUAUGACACCUGGUGGUGAAGUAGCUAAAGAAACGGUACAAGGCUUGCUUUUCAGUUGCUAGUCAGCAAGGCUAUUGAAUAUGCAGUGGACGUUAUCUGUGUUCUCUGAGACAUGAACGUUGGCAGCUUCUAUCCUACAAAAAAGUUAGAAAAAGUGCAUUGAUGCAAGGGAUGAUCCAAGUAUGUCAUGCCCUGCAGCAAGAUGUUAUUCAAUUGCAAAACAAAAUUGAAAACCAAAAAUUAGAAAUUGUGGCUGCUAAAAAGCAGGCACAAGACAAAAUUGCAGACCAAGAUUUGGAAAUUGUGGCUGCAAAAAAAGAAAUAGAAAAUUGGAAAACUAAUGUUCAAAUACUUA